AUGAGUGAGUUACAAAAGGCCUGGGCGAAGAGGAAACUCGACCCCAUGCACCCCCUGCCGGAGCCUCUCAACGACCUCGACGAGGAACCAGAGCACGACCAGGUCCCCGAGCUGCCGGACCACCCCGACGACGGCGACUCCUCCUCGGCCUCGUCCGCCUCGUCCGCCUCCUCCACGGGCACCGUCAUCCCGUCGCCCAGCCAGAACCUGUUCGCUCGGCCGCAAGGGGGCGCCGCCGCUGCGAGGGAGAGGUUCGGCACCGCUGAUUCGGCUUCUAGUGUGUCGCGGGGCCGCACGCUGGAGCAGAUCCCCUGGACGACGUACUUUGAGCGCGAGCUCUUCCUCAAGCAGCCCGGGGACGGUGAGGCCGAGGCCGAGGCCACCGUCACGUACCAUGCCUACCUCAACUCGCCCGUGGACAAGGGCCCGCUGUUCGUCAUGCACCACGGCGCCGGCUCCUCGGGCCUCUCCUUCGCCGCCCUGUCGUCCGAAAUCCGGAAACGCCUCCCCACAGCCGGCAUCCUCUCCCCCGACGCCCGGGGCCACGGUUCCACCUCCGUCACCGACGGCACCGGCCUGGACCUCAAGCUCGACAUCCUGACCGCGGAUCUGUUCAACGUCAUCCAGCUGACCAAGGCCCGCAUGGGCUGGAAGGAGCUCCCGCCCGUCGUCCUGAUCGGGCACUCCCUCGGCGGCGCCGUCGUCACGGACCUCGCCAAGACGGGCCGCCUCGGCGCCGCGCUGCUGGGCUACGGCGUGCUCGACGUCGUCGAGGGCUCCGCCAUGGACGCCCUGCAGAGCAUGCUGACGUACCUCUCGACGCGGCCCGGCGGCUUCGUGAGCCUGCAGUCGGGCGUCGACUGGCACAUCCGCUCGCGCACGAUCCGCAACUCCGUCUCGGCGCGCACGUCGGUGCCGGCGCUGCUGGUGUUCGACGACCGCGCCGACCCGACGCGGCCGUGGCGGUGGCGGACAGACCUCGCGGCGACGCAGCCGUUCUGGGAGGGCUGGUUCGUGGGCCUGAGCAAGAAGUUCCUCGAGGCACGGGGCGGGAAGCUGUUGCUGCUGGCGGGGACGGAUAGGCUGGACACGGAGCUGACCAUCGGCCAGAUGCAGGGAAAAUACGCUCUGCAGGUCUUCCCUGAAGCGGGCCACUUCAUCCACGAAGACCUGCCGGAGAAGACGGCGCUGGCGGUGGUGGACUUUUACAGACGGAACGACAGGAGCGCGCUGGUGCUGCCGCCCAAGGUGGGCGACCUGUUGAAGCAGGGCAAGAGGGUCUAG